AUGAGGUCUCGCAUUUACUGGGCUAUUCUCUUUCUUCUGCUUGUCUCAUGUGUCUCGGCCAACGAUCAAUAUGUGAUGGGAGUGGCACCCACCACCACAGAACCAGAAUGGUUCAAGACCCGACCACAAAGCUUUCAGGGAUACACGGCGACCGGGGCUGCGCCGUUUCUGGCGCAGACUAACCCUGCUCCCUUUGGCAAUCCGGCGACCUACACAGCCAACCACCCGCUGGAGACGUCGCAGCCCAUCCGGGGCGGUAAAGAUCGCAAUAUUUUCCAUCACAUGGGAAUCUUGAGUCCCUACUAUCCCCGAGCGGAUGGAUUCGGUGUGGACGAAUUCCCACGCCCCAAAGGCUCGAACAUCACGCAAAUGCAUAUGCUGCACCGACACGGCUCACGCUAUCCCAACAAGGACGAAGGUGAUGAUUUUGCCAAUUGGAUCAAGGCCAUCACCAACGCUACAGCCCACGGGGCCGUAUUCAGAGACGAACUCUCAUUCAUCCACGACUGGACCUACAGCCUCGGAGCUGAUAUGCUUACCACACGAGGGCGAGAAGAUCUAUUAGAAAGCGGCAUUCUCAACUUCUACAACUACGGCCAUCUCUACACCCCAGGAACUAAGAUAGUCGCGCGCACCACCACUCAAGACCGCAUGCUGAAGAGCGCCGAGAACUUCCUAGCGGGAUUCUUCCACCUAGACUGGGACGAGCACGUCAACCUACUCGCCAUGAUCGAAGAGAAGAAUUUCAACAGCUCCCUCCAAGCCAAAAACGCCUGCCCAAACGCCAUGAAAAUAUCCUUCGAUGACUACGUAUCCGACACCGUCACAAAAUGGAAAACCCACUACCUCUCCCACCGAACCCACCACCUCAACUAUCUCUCUACCGACUACCACUGGACUAGCAACGACAGCUUCAACGCGCAAACCCUCUGCGCCUACGAAACCGUCGCCCUCGGCUACAGCCCCUGGUGCUCGCUCUUCACCUUCCCCGAAUGGGAAGGAUUCUCCUACACCUACGAUCUCACCUUCGGCGGCAAUGCAGGCUUUCAAUGCCCCAUCAGUCGCGCAAUGGGCAUCACCUGGGUACAGGAAUUCCUAGCACGGGUUGAGAAUCGCUCGUUCUCGACACCGGGAUCAUCCUCUGCUGCGAACCUCACCCUGAACACGAACCCAGUUACUUUCCCAACCAAUCAAUCACUCUACUUCGACUUCGCACACGACAAGAUUCUCCUCGGUGUCCUCACAGCCUUCGGACUACGCCAGUUCGCUGACCUUCCGUUUCCUGAUUAUACUGAUCAAUAUUUUAUGGAUGUCUUCCCACCCCGCCACCACGCUUUCCAAACCGCCAAACUCAUACCCUUCGCCGGCCGUCUUAACAUCGAGAUCAUCCGCGCCCCACAUAAGAUUAACCCGCGUCAGACUGAAUAUGUGCAUUUCCUGCUCAAUCAGCGCACGGUACCGCUACAUAAGAGUCUGCCGGAGUGUUCGUUCCGGAGUGAUGGGUGGUGCGAGUUGGACGCGUUUCUACGGGCGCAGAAAGAUAGUCUUCGAAAGGCGGAGUAUGAUUUCUCUUGUGUGGGGGAGUGGGAUUUGGGGGAAUUUGGGGAUGUGUGGGAUGGGGUUCCUGUUCUGAGGGGGGAAUAA